UCCAUUUCGUUCAGUGCGUUGUACGGGCUGUGACGAGAGUUCGUUGAGUUUCUCGGAUUUUGCCAGAAAAGGGGGCAGUGAUUACGAGAGAAGCAGCUUCGCGGGCAACUUCGACUUCCGAGCGACCAUAGAAAGAUUUCGAGACCAUAUUCAUAAACCGGGCAUGAACUGUAACUUAGGACGUAACGGUCGACCACAGUCAACGUCGUAACAAGCGAUGCGAUCCAGUGCGGAUGUCCAAAGACGCCAUUGUGGUACACGCCAUCUGGGUAGUAUCGUAGAAAAGUGAUGAUAAAACAUCGAAGGACCUUCGGAAAAGUUUCCUUCGGACACCGAGUCAAGGGUUUCAAGAGAGACACACGGCCGAUUAUUUCGAUGUUAGGGAAGACCUAACCUCCAAUUUGGGAGAGCGGCUGCAGCGACCAGUCGAGUGGUUAGAAAAAGAGGGAAACCGACAAAGAGAGGAGAACACGAGAGAGUAUGAGCCUCGCGAAGGAGGCUACUGAUUAUCUUGGUAAAGAUGAAGAAGAAUCCAGGAAGACAUCUAGGGAUGAGAUUGCCGAAUCCACUUCUGAAACCGAGAGUAUAGACUGUAGUCGGGGAGAAGUACAGGAAAGAGUUUCGAUUGAUCGGGGAGAUUGUUUUGAAGUUGACUCUAUCGACUCGGGUAAGGACACCGAUGGAAUGGUGCAUAAUUAUCCAGAGGUGCCUCCCUUCAAAAGUAAAACGGUAGCAUACUCGGUGCGAGAGGGACGAUUUUUCAAAGGGAGCAAGUUGAAAACGAUACAAAAGUCGGAUGAUCCAACCUCGGCAAAGAGCGAAGAGUGCAACGUUCCACGGGUAUAUGACGAUCCACAAUUCUAUGACGAUUCAGAAUUUGAAAAUAAAAAUGAUACAGCAUCGGAUGGUGAAGAAAGCAAAGAUGUACAUUUUAUAUCGAAGGAAAAUCAAAGCGAGGAUACCAGGAACCGAGAUCAUGACUACAUUUGUCUAAACCGAGAGCCAAAAGUAAAAACAUUUUCAAGUACAAAUAACAGAAUCGAAAUGUCAGUGGUGGACAGCAACACUCGUCCAUCAUCGAAAACAAUUGACAAAGAUGUGUCCAUUAUGGAGAAGUCUCCAGGACGAAUAAAAGACAUUAGUGAACUAAAGAAAGUGAUUCCACGAGUGAAAUUAUUAUCACCACAAGCUCAGAGCUUAAAUGAGCUGAAGAAGCUGACUACUCAAAGUGAAAACAUUCAAACUAACAAAAUGAUCAACUCGUCCAACGACGUGAAGCAGCAGUUACGGAAGUAUUGUCGAACUUGCGCUGGUUCGAAGCUCCCACUCGUUGACAUCUUCAGUGAAAGGGGUUUACAAAUGAGACUAGAGCAACAGAUGCGUCACUUGGAAGAGAUAAAUCAGGACGAUAGCCUCUCCACACAAAUGUGCAUGGACUGCAUCUGUGACUUAAAAAUGAGUUACAAAUUCUUUAUGCAGAUCAAGAAAGCAGAGAUCAAAUUGCGGUCGAUCUGUGUGACAUUAAACGACGUAAUGAUGAACAAAGUAGCCAAACCUGUGAAUCGGUCGCCUACCGUGGAGGUACAAGCGUUGCAGGCUGGCACAACCAAGGUUCAACAAAAGCCUCCGGAACAAGACAUACUGCAAACACAAAUUGCCAUUAAGCCAGACAGCGAGGACCAGGAUUCUCCCCCAUCAUUCACCACGACUACUUCCAAGAUCUUCACCUACCCAGCUCGACAUAAGAUGAGUUCUCAAGAAUCCAUCGAUAACUUAAAAGCUCUGGACAUUAAAUCAGAGCCCGAAGAUAUUUCAACCCAUCAGAGUGAUGAUAACGAAUCAAUAGAAGAAUUCGAUCCUGACGAUCCUUGUAUACGUUUGGACAGUUCGGACCCAGAAGACGAGCAGGUUGAAACAAAGAAUCCUGUCGAGGUACCUACCGAGUCUAUCGAAAAUGUCACAAUGGAUGUCAGUGCUGCAGUUGAGUGUUUGUCCGAAGUGCAGGUAGCAAAGCCUAAGCUGAUAGAUCCACCGAAGGAGGAGCAGUGGUCGAAGACUCCCAGUAUCCUGAAGCGUAAAGCCCAGCCUCCUCCCCCAAAAGCAGGGGACAUAGACGUGUCGUUUACCGGUGUUAAGGAAACGAAGAUACCGAAGCUGACCUUGUCCAACACGUUAAAUGUGGCUCCGACCAAAGAGGAUGGAAUCAUGUACGUCACAGUGAAAGGGUCCAAGCCCAAUGAAUUGUUACUGGUGAAGGUUAAGAAGAUGGACAAGCCAGCGGAGAAGAGCAUAACCAAUACACCUUUCGAUAUCAAACCAGUGGAGAAGAUCUUGAGGAAGUACGAAGCACUGAGUAUGAAAGAGAAGGAGUUAUUUCCAGAAAGAGUGAAGAAGCCGGAUAUCAAGGAGCAGAUAAUCGAGGAACAAAUCGAGGAGUACAAGAAGAAGAGGGAGAAGGUCCUGGGAGUCAUCGGAGUGAGAACAGGUAGUCCAGACGACAUGGCGAUUCGAAUCGAGGACACCUUCGUGAAGGACGAAGACAUAGUUGAAGUGGAAGUAGAAUUGGAUCCCGAGGACGACAGCGAGGGGGUGGCGGAUACAAAUCGAUCCGAGGACGACUCCAAAGACGGAGUCAACAGCAACCUCGUUUCGUCCACGGAAAAGACUCACGCGAACACGGUCGCGUAUCUGUCCCGGUUAACCAAACUUAGGAAACAAUGGGAAAAGACGAAGAAGAUGAGAGACAGUCUCCAAAGACGGCUUGACCGCACCUACGACGAGGGAGGCAUAGAGAGGCUGGAACGCAUCCUGGGGGAUCGAGAGAAGAACCUCCAGGACUUCCAGGAUUACCUGAAGCAGCGGAAGAUCGUCGUGGCGCGGCUGAAGGACGAGGACAUAAUAUCGUUGUACGAGAAGAGGAGCAACGCGAGGAGGCAGUCGAACUUGAGCGAGUGCGUCGACGAGCUGUUGGCAGGAGAUACCCCCUUCGAAAGGGACUUGGAGGACUGCGACUACUGCCCGUUGACGUUCUCGUCGAAGGACGCCCUCGCCGAGCACGUCAGGACGCACGACUACAAGAUCCAGCACUACUGCGAGGACUGCAACGAGGAGUUCACCACAAACAAGGCGAAGAGGAACCACAACGUGGUGUGUAUAAAGAAACUGAUAUGCCAGUACUGCGACGUGAUGCUCGACUCCAAGGGAAAGAAGCGGCGCCACGAGCAGAAGCACUGCGACAACAUGUUCGGCCAGCUGUGCGACGUGUGCGGAGAGAAAUUCAAGCACCAGGGCACCCUGGACCAGCACCUGAAGACGCAGCACAUGGACUGGGAGAAGAUCUUCCAGUGUCCGAAGUGCCCGAAGAAAUUCGCCUUCAAGCAGAAGCUGACCUUCCACCUGAAGUCGGUGCACACGACACUGAGGGCGUACCUCUGCGAGGACUGCGGCGCCGACUUCAAGAACCCGGCGAGUCUUCGCCAUCACAGGAUCCGGAAGCACCAGGCGAUCGGCAACAAGCGCGAGUGUCCGGUCUGCCACAAACUGGUGCCGUUUUAUAGCCUCUCGAAACACAUGCACACGCACAAGGCCUACACAAUCCAAUGUCCGCACUGCGAGAAGAUGUUCAAGAACACGUCGACCCUGAAGCAGCACAUCAGGAUUCACGAGGACCAGAGGCAGUACAGGUGCGAGACCUGCGGGGUCGGGUUCAACCGAAGGGACGGCCUGAGGCUGCACACCAGGGUGCACCUCAAGGCCGACAGUCGUGGCCUGAAAGAAUGCUCCUGCCAGGUCUGUGGCGAGAAGUUCCCGAACCACUCGAUGCUGGUGAUCCACCGCAACCGAUUGCACAAGGACGGUAGGCAGUACACCUGCCACAUUUGCAACAGGUCCAUGAUCUCGACGAGGUCCCUCGAGUGGCACAUGGCACACAUCCACCACGAGGAGGUACCGGGGAUGCCGCGCGAAGAGGUCUCCGGGGACUCGCAAAAGAGGCGCGUCUCCUGCCACCACUGCAACAAGACCUUCAAGACGGAGAUGAUCCUGCGGACCCACAUCAAGAACUCGCACACCGAGAAGGAGCCCACCAAGUGCCUCGACUGUGACCUGUACUUCACCUCGGAGGUGAGGCUCCGCCACCACAUGAUGGUAGCCCACAACCGACUCGAGGGCACCCUGGCUUGCCCCCACUGCCCGAAGCGCUUCGUCAACCAGCUCAGGCUCAAGACGCACAUGAUCUCCCACUCCGAGGAGAGGCCCUACACCUGCGAGAUAUGCGGCUUCAACCUGAAGACGAAGAUUCAACUGAUCAAACAUCACCAGAACCGGCACAGCGAUGAGCGACCUCUGCAGUGUCGGUACUGUCCCUGGCGGUGCAAGCAGGUCAGCGCCCUCGUCUGCCACGAGAGGACCCACACGAACGAGCGGCCGUAUUCCUGUAGCGUGUGUCGGCAGAGGUUCAAGUACCUGGGGGACAAGAACAAGCACGAGAGGCGGCACGAGUCCCUGGGUGGGUCGGGGUUCAAGCGCAUCGUUGCAGGGCGGAACGGCAAGCAGAGCAGACUUCUUCGAGGCGUUGGUGGAGGCGAUGGCGGCAGAGGCGGUGGGACCGACGGAGGCGGCGGCGACGACGACGACGGCUCCCUUUCGGAGCAGGAACGCGAUAGGGAGCGGGUUCGAGAGCGAGGUCGACGUAGCAGGGAACGCGCUAGGAUGGCCAGGCGGUCGAGGAUGAACGCCGAGGCUGAGGAGGAGCGCGAGAACGACGACGACGAGGAUGACGAUGGCGGCGACGAGGAGGAGACCGGCGAGUACGAUGGCGAGUACGAGCACGGAUACGUCUACGAGCCCAAGGAGGAGGAGGAAGAUUACAAGGACGGAGUCCAGGUCGGAGUCGAGGUCCAGCUCGAGGAGGAAGGCGGCGAUGAGGAGUAUAACGAGGGAUUCGAGGGAGACGUUAAAUUCGAGGCUCCCGAGUACGAGCGCUCCCUGGAUCAGGAAUACGAGGAAACCUCGCAGGAAGCCUCGGACGCUGCGGAGGUGAUUCUGAACAUGGAGGAGACCUCUCCGGAUUACACGGAGGAGGUGACCACGGACGACGUGGUCGAGGCCACGGACAUGAUAACAGACCAGAUCCUGCCUCCUGGGGCGGUCGUCCACAUGGUGGAGCAGCGGGACGAUAACGGGAAGAUCCAGGUAAUUCCCGUGGUCUUCUCUCUGCCCGACCUCGAGGCGGGCGCCGAGGUGAACCUCGCGACCGCCUCUAUAAUGUACAGUAAUUGAGUAAUAGAGCGCGAAGUAAAUCGCGCGAGAUAUGAAAAUGACGAGCAAAGGGCUCGGAGCGGUGGCCGAUGACGCCCUGACGACGACGCCGACGAUGACGCCGUCGGAAAGGGCGGAGGAAGGCGACGACGUGGACGACGGCGACCGUUCAGUCAGCGAGUCAUGAAACUUGGCUGAACCAUGAUAAGGACUCUCGUCUCGGAUAACGUUUCACCUUCUGGGGAACCGAGCACGUAGAAGGUUCUCGUCCUCGCUACGACCGCUCGGCCGGCCGGCUACUACUGCCGCGUACCUCGAUUUUAAAUCUCCUAGGACGGUCUCUUGCGAAGAGGCCGUCGAAGGGUACCGAUGGAAAUUCUGCUCGUGCUUGCGAUACUUCAGACCCGACUCGGCUGGUUUCUUGGUUCCUCACGUGUGUCGGGUCGUGGGGUCCCUAGGACCUCCAGAGCGCUCCUCGUGGACGCGAACAAGGACGCAAAUGUGGCCGUCAACUGGGAUUUUCAGGGCCUCCAUGAGGCGGCCGAGAUUGUGAAUAUAUUCGAAGUGUAUAGAAUAUCGAGUGGCCGUCAGUAGUUAGCUCAAAACUUAAAUCUAGUGCACGCUGCUUGUCCGGGUCUUCGGCCAGUCGUCACGACGAUCUCUCUUGAAAAUACACUCGAAGGCUCGCCUCCGCGACCUGGGCGGAACCGAUCGGCAGGAUGUCCUUUUCCUUAUUCUCUCUUUUUUUUUCCCACUAGGAGGAAGUGCAGAUUUUUCCUCGAUAGUUCGAAAAAAAAAGCAGGGUUGUUGGCAGGAAAGGGUAUCGCGACUUAAAGCGUUGUUCGGAUGGACUCGUUGCACGCCUUAUAUUUGUUUACCUUGAAAUUCAGGCAAGUCUUUAUGUCCCUUUCGGUAGGGUAGCAUAAGGUUUCAUUUGAUUACAAGUUACGAUAAUGUUAGUACACUUAGAUGCGUAGCCUAGACAUUCAUAGAUUGUUCCUGUUGCGAUUUUGUAAUUUUCUAAAAGCUGGGGAGCGAGUCCUCGAAGAGAAUCCUUCGUUGACGAGGUUUAAUCUGGAAAUCAAUUUGUUGGCUGUCAGCUUUAUGGACGGAACGUUCCAUCGCUUUGUCGUGCCGAUUUAUUUAUUAGCAGGAACAUUCUUCAACGGGGGUAUAUAUUGUCAAGCAUGGAAAGAAUGGAUUGUGUUUUCGGGAGUGAUCGUCAUCCCUCGGAAUCUUAUUGAUUCGCAUAUUAUUAACUCGUUCUUUUCCUUUUCUCCCCCCCUUUCUUUAUAUUU